AUGGAGAAAACCAAAUGGGUUAACAGGACAAGCACCACAGAAUUUAUUCUUCUAGGGUUUGGAAAUCCCCAAGAGCUGCAGAUACCUCUCUUUGUGAUGUUUCUUCUGGUCUACAUUGUGACUAUAGCUGGGAACAUUGCCAUAGUUUCCUUAGUUGCAACUAACAGACAACUUCAAACUCCCAUGUACUUCUUUCUGGGGAACCUAUCCUGCCUGGAGAUCUGCUACAGCUCAACCAUCUUGCCCAGGAUGCUGACCAGUGUCCUCAGUAGAGACAAUAAAGUGACACUGAGUGGCUGCCUUACCCAGCUUUACUGUUUUGGCUUUUUGGCAACUGUGGAAUGCUAUCUGUUGGCUGUGAUGGCAUACGAUCGGUACAUAGCCAUAUGCAAACCAUUGCACUACAUAAUUAUUAUGAAGAUCAGAGUGACCGUCCGGUUGGCAGCAGGAUCUUGGUUAUGCCCCAUCAUUUUUCUGGCAGUAAUUAUUGUGUUAAUUUCAGGAUUGACUUUUUGUGGUCCCAAUGAAAUCAACCACUUUUUCUGUGAUCUUGAUCCAGUAGUUAAUCUCUCCUGUACAGACAUCAAACCAGUUACACUGGCAAUCUUCAUUAUAGCUUGUAUAGACACAUUCCCACCAUUUCUACUCACUCUGACAUCUUAUGUUUUUAUCAUUCUCUCCAUCCUGAAGAUCCCAUCCACCAAGGGUAGGAAGAAAGCAUUUUCAACCUGUUCCUCUCACCUUACUGUGCUGAGUCUUUUUUAUGGCACCUUAAUUAUGGUGUACAUCCUGCCCAAAACAAACAGCUUGAAGGAUGUAAAGAAAAUAUUUUCUGUUUUUUACACCGUGUUGACUCCCCUGGCUAAUCCCAUCAUAUACACCUUGAGAAAUAAGGAGGUGAAAGAUUCUCUAGUAAAAGCCUUUGAUAAAGUGAACAUGCCUCUAGGUAUUUAA